AGGUUUCAGUCUUACUCCGUCAACUGGCAAGUGCGUGCAGUAAACUGGCAGGCUUUGAUAGAGGCAUUGAGGCUGGGCGUGUCCUGACGGUUAGUUGUAGCCUACCUGUGUUGAGGGAUUUUGGUACGAGAUGAAAGUACCUAUAAUUUGUGAAUUUCUAGACACGUCACUAUUUUGGUUUCAUAACACGUGUCCGUCAAACAAAACAUCAGUGUAUCAAUAGAGGCUCUUUACCUUGCACCUCAUACCAAGAUAAAAAUAUGACGGACUUACAUUUCAACAGAAAUAAAACUAGACUUAUUCGUUUAUUAUUAUUUACAUCCCAUGUAAUAAUAUUAUUAUUAUUAUUAUUAUUAUUAUUAUUAUGUUAUCUAGCCUUUAUUAUGCUUGAAAAUAAUAAUUUAUUUAUAUUUAUUUAUGAUGAUAAAUAAUGGAACACUUUAUCAGGAUCUUUGUUUGAAAUGCAUAAGUUUUACUUUAUUUUGUUUUAUUAUUUUCCUUAGUAACGUUUUAUUUAAUAUUUAUUAAUAUAUAGUUCUGAGUUUAGUCUUUGAAAAUAAAUAUUCUAAUUUCAAUUUAUUUGUUGCUAAACCGAAAUAUUUUAGACCGCCAAAGAAACAAUCGUUUGGUUUUAAACCCGAACUUUAAUAUUGCUGCAAACUUCAGAAUUGUGAUGGCGGUAUUACACUGGUGACGUCACUGCCUCCGAAGACACGACGUAGAUAGCGCUACGCAGCCAAUAAGAGAGCGCGCUCUCACUGCUGGAAUUUAACUCUAGUAUGUGAUGAGACUGUUGAGAUUAACUUCACAGACUCCAUGCUACGAAAGCAAACUCACGAACCGAUUCGCGUUUUCAUGGAAUUUGGGAAUUCGACGACAUGAAUCUAAGGGAUGGAAAUCACACAGCUCUUUUUAAUAGACGGUGCUUUUAUGGUGCAUCGGUCUAAUGGACAUAACUCUAAAAAAUGACUAUGACUUCACUGUCUGAAAGUUUGGUGGCUUCAGACCCCUCAAAAUCGGCAUUUCUGGAGUUCAGUCACGGCUACCAGUCUCACCAGCAGCAUUCACCCGGUGUGUCCCACGCGCACUAUCCAGUGCACGGUUUGCAUCAAGGCGCACAUCCGCAGUACGAUACGGCCUUCUCAUCUGGCGCUGCUUCGUACGGCCGUCCGCUCAGUUACCACUAUCCCAGCGCCCAUCACCACCCCGGAGCUUACCUACCUUAUCAACACAACAGUGCAGUUGGUCAAUCAAGAGUAGAGGGAGCAGAUUCCGAGAAGCAAAGUUCCAUCGAAAGUGGAGAAAUACGCCUGAACGGAAAGGGGAAGAAGAUUCGCAAACCUCGAACCAUCUACUCGAGCUUCCAGCUGCAGGCGCUCAACCAGCGCUUCCAGCAGACCCAAUACCUCGCGCUCCCUGAACGCGCUGACCUGGCUGCCAAACUGGGUCUGACACAGACACAGGUAAAGAUAUGGUUCCAGAACAAACGUUCCAAAUUCAAAAAGAUAAUGAAGCAUGGCUCAAGCGGACCAGAGGGAGAACACCUUCAAGCAGCUCCAGUCUCUGGGCCGCCAUGUUCACCAGGAAUGCCACCCCUGUGGGACGUUUCCAUGUCAACCAAGGGUGCUCCCAUCCAUUCUGCAGGAUAUAUGAACUCUUUUGGACACUGGUACCCUGGUCAUCAUCAAGACCAAAUGCCAAGAGCUCAGAUGAUGUGACUGGAUUUUUAGGACAAUCUACAGUCCAAUUCCCCACUACUGAUUCUUAUCAGUACACUCUGUUUCAGAUCACACCUUUCAGCACUGUUUACUUACAGUCAAGCUUUCCUCAAGUUCCUCCUCUUCAUACAGAUGUACGUGGUUUACAAAGUUUUUUUGCUUACGGAUUUAUGGGGUGGUUUUUUUUGUUUUUUUAAAGACUGGCAGUAACAGCCUGACUGCUCUCUCUGAACUUGAAUUUUGUACGCUCCAGGAAUUUGAAUAAAAUGCAUUGUCUUGUUGCCUCUUGUUUGUCUGGUUGUACCAUCUACAAAUAUUGCAAAGCCUGGAACUUCAGCUGCUUCACAAUUUUCAUUCAUCUUGACUGUUUAUCUGUCUAUUGCAUAUUAUUUUUCCUCCGUUAAAACAACAGUCUUAAGAAACAAUGUUUUCAAUUAGGAGGUAGACUGAUAUAACGGUUUUACUGAUAAAUCGUGCCGAUAGUUGCUUUUUGGAAUUAUCGGUUAUCGGCAAAAAACGAUGCCAAUAGUUUUCCCGUUCCUCCGUGUUCCUCUGUGGCCAGUGCUGGAGGAGUCUACAGUUAGAAAGGCUUGGCUCUACUGUAUAACAGCGAUCUCUAGAAGUGAAAUAAAAUCAAUCACAUAAGGAUUUGCUGUAUCUAAAUCUUUCAUCAUUGACAAUAUUCAUCCAUAUUUUUUAUAUUAGGUAAUCAAGUGUUCUAAAUUAAAGUGAGGGCAUAAAAAGAAAAAUUUUACUAUAUGGAAAUGUGCUCCAUCAGCACAUACUACAUCAAUGUCUCCAACUUCAUAUCUUGUGGAUAACAGGCAUAAUAAUAAUAUAAAAACUAAUCUAGUGAAAUAUAUAUACAUAUAUAAAUCCUUCAUCUGGUGAAUAUAUAGGCUAUAAAAAUAUUAAUUUGGUAAAUAUUUAAAUUUAGAGCAUUUUAACAGAGCCAAGUCUUCCGUCAUGGCAAAGUAACAGUCAUGUUGUGUUUCGGGUGGUAUGCACCAAUUUUUCACUUUUUUCUGGUUAUUAUUGGGAUUUUGGUUGACUAAUAAACUGCAUCUGGGAUUUUAUUUAUUUUGGACUCUUUUAGCCUCGAGGUCUGUACCCGUAACAGUCUGGAAAGUCUAAGAUUUUUUUUGUUUUUUUGUUUAAACUAUUGGCCGAUUUAACAGUUCGGCCUUUUCCACCACCUUGGUUUUCUGUAUCUGUUACAUGUGUGAAGAAAAGUUCUACACAUACAAGCAGGAACCUGAUUUCAUUCUCAACUUCUUAUGACUCUUAUUUAUUAAUAGAUAACUUUGUGUUGACUAUUUUACUCUCAAUAAUUGGACAUUUAAUAUUAGAAAAAUGUGUCUAAUUACUAGUUUUAUUUAAUAAAGUAUAUAUAAUAGUAUAUGUUCAUUACAUAUAUGACUAUAAGAGCAUGCUAUUACUACUACACAUAGGGUACAAAAGGGCUAAAGGCCCCCCGGGGUAAAAGGCACAGUAGACUUUAUUUUCUCCCAAAACACUAACUAAAUAGCAACAAAAACUACCACAGCAUAUUCCUAAACACCUUUUUGUCACUAUGCACUGCAAAAUAUUCUGGAUCCAUGAGAUGUCUAAAGUUUGAUUUUGAGGCAAUUUAAUUUAAGCCUAAUAUUUUAUCAUUUUUAAAAUGCUGCAAAAUUAUGUAGCUAAUGAAAAUCCAUGCAUUUAUACAUUUCUUGACAAAAUACUUAUUUACCAUUUUCAGUUUUGUUCAAGGUGAUUAAAUCGAAGUUUUUCAAUAACUCUCCAAUAAAUGAAAGGAUAGUAUUUAGUGUAUUUAAAAAAAUAAAUAAAAUAAAAAUAACUAAAAAAGAAAGCCCCCUAUUGCAGGGGCUAAAGGCCCCUAUAAAACACAUUGUUUUUCUUAAGUUUGGGUCAAAUAGAUUUGUUAUGAAGAAUGUUCAAAGUGGGCUCACAUUGACUGAUCUAAUCACAGUGGAGAUUCAUUUGUUUAUAGAAUACUUUGAUGUUAUAAAAUGCCAAAUGUGUUGUGUGAAAUUAACAGAAAUGGUUAACCCUUUUCUAAAGUGGCUAUUCUAAAUAUUAUCAAUUACAUAACUGUAAAAUAUUUUGCUAAAAAAAAAAGCAUCUUGCUGUCUCAAAAUGAUUUGCAUUAAUUAUCAAAUUUUGCACUACAACUAUUGCCCCAAUAUCUUUAUCACUAUAAACCCUCUUUUACCCCAAAAGUGUCAGCCUAAGGUAAAAGGCUCCCUCACCACCUUUUUUUAAAACCUGUUUUUUUUUUUUAAUCAAAACAACCUUGUGUUAUUUUGUUUUCAUACAAAUUAUGUUGCUACGUCAAUAUUCAAUAAAAAUAAAUCUUUUUUUUUUCUUUCUAUCUUGAUACAUUUUGUGACCAGAAAAAUGUAUAUUUUCCUGAAGGUGUGCCUUUAGCCCCAUUGUACCCUACUACUUCUACUACUAGCCUUCUAAUACUACUACUAAUAUAAUUAUGCUUAUUAAAUUAUGCUCAUUUGUCCAUUGAUAUUCUGAAUGAUAAUGAGGUUUAUUUAAAUAACUGUGAUCCAACUUAGGACAAAAAAAGAAAUUAUAUACCGUUUAUUUUACGUGUGGUCUUUUAUAUUCCAUCAUAUGAAGUCUGAUGCCAUCUAGUGGUUUGAUCACACAAAAUGAGGGUGGAAGCUUCUGGCUGUAGUUAACGCUCUCUAAAACUAACCUAACAAACAAAAACUAGUAACAUAUUAAAGUGAACAGAAUUGAUAUAGUGUUGAGCUGGACAAAGACAACUGCACUGAAAACGCCGGACCAUUAUUUGAAUCAAUGAGGAUAGACCUGGAUUAAAGAAAAGAUUCCAAAAAAGAAUGCAAUUCACUGACAGAACACAUAGGCCACAACGCCUGAGGAACAUCAUUUUCUUCUUGAAAGGAAAUUUAUCUUCAGUUCAAUGAUCUGUUGACAGAUGAAAACGGAGACUUCUGCAUGCCCUCCAAAAAUUGUAAUGAAGUCUUUCCUGGGAGAGUCCUAGGAAAGGAUUAAGUCGACUUCUGCAUGCCCUCCAAAAAUUGCAAUGAAGUCUUUCCCGGGAUAGUCCUAGGAAAAGAGUAAGUCUUCACACAGCUUCCAGAUUUGGUUUGUUUUAUUUUCUUACCAUUAAUAACGAGAAAGACACCAGCAGUACUCAACAAACGUGAUCUGAAUUACAUUUCAUUAAAUUACAUAAGUUCAGCAUUAUAAAACUGACAAGACAGUGCAGAGAUGUAUCCUGUUGCAAACCCCCAAGAGCAAGCCUUUAAAUAAACAUAGUCUAUGUUUACCUCAGUCCAUGGGCGAA